CUGACUAUACGCAAUGGCUGAGCUCACACUGUAUCUGGAUCUGCUGUCCCAGCCCUGUCGCUCCGUCUACAUUUUCGCCAAAGCCAAUAACAUCCCGUUCAACAACCAUCAAGUGCGGCUUUUUAAAGGGGAGCAUCUUACUGAGGAGUAUGGGAAAGUGAAUGUGCUACGCAAAGUGCCUGCUCUGAAAGAUUGCGACUUCUUUAUGGCUGAAAGCACUGCAAUGCUGCUCUACAUGGCACGCAAAUUUAAAACUGCUGAUCACUGGUACCCAUCAGAUAUACAGAAGUGUGCCAAAGUUGAUGAAUACCUUGCUUGGCAGCACACUAACACCCGACCCAAUGGUUCCAAGGUCUUCUGGGUCAAGUGUUUGACACCACUAAUACUGGGCCAAGAAGCUCCUGCUGAAAAAGUAGAUGCAGUAGUGGCAGAAUUCAACACCACCAUGAACAAUUUUGAAGAAAAAUUCCUGGGGAACAAACUCUUCAUUGCUGGGGAUGAGAUCUCUGUGGCAGACCUGGUGGCCAUUGUGGAGAUUAUGCAGGUGGUGGCAGGGGGCAUAAAUGUAUUUGAUGACCGACCAAAGCUGGCAGCCUGGAAGAAACGGGUAGUAGAGGCUUUGGGUGAAGAGCUCUUUUUGGAGGCACAUGAGGGCAUCCUUAAUGCUAAGAAAAUGGCAAGUGAACCUUUAGCCCCUGAACUUAUGGAAUUUCUGAAAUCCAAGUUACUAUCCAUGAAGUGAAUAUGGUGUCCAUUCAUCAGAUGAAUUUGCUGCAGCCCUGAGCCAGAGCUGUUGAGCUUAUAGUUUCAGUGUAUCUUGAUGUUAUACCACUUCUUUCUGUCUAAACAUACAAGGAGGAUGCUUCCUUUUAAUAAAUAAUCAAAAACAA